AUGUCCUGGAACAUUACGAAGAAGCUGAAAGAGACUCAUUUAAGUGCCCUCUCCAACUUCUCCAGCUCCCUUGCUUCGAGCAAGGACAAAGAUGUCCUAACCCCAACUACUCCUACGGCGAGCAGUGCCAGUUCUGCAAAGGAAGGCGGCCCGGCUCCGGAUGUAAACACGUCGAAACCAGGCAUCCUCGUCGUCACUCUCUACGAAGGCCGAGGCUUUUCACUGCCAGAGCAACACCGAGAGGCCUUUGCUUCACACCACCGCACGAACAGUAGCACUGGGGGUGUUGCAGGCUCUACACAGCAAAACUCACUCGCCCAUACCUCGGUGACCAGGGCUAAUGGAUCUACCAGGCCGCAGACGUCAGGAGGUGGCUUCACAGGCAUCCCUACAAACCACGGACGGAUAUCCAGGAAAUACAUGCCCUAUGCACUGCUAGAUUUUGAUAAAUUGCAGGUCUUCAUCAACUCCAUCGACGGUAGUCCUGAGAACCCUGUCUGGGCUGGCUCCAGCACUCAGUACAAGUUCGAUGUAUCGCGCAUUGCCCAACUCACUGUUCACAUGUACCUUCGAAACCCGAACGCUGCACCUGGAGCCGGCCGGAGCCAGGAUAUAUUCUUAGGAGUUGCACAGAUUAGCCCUCAAUUUGACGGGCCGUACCGUGAGGUUGAAUGGAUCGACCUGCAGUACGGCACCGGUAAAAUUCAGAUUGGCUGGGAGUACGUUGAGACCCAGACGAAUAAGUUGAAUGUUGACGACUUUGAACUGCUCAAGGUCGUCGGUAAGGGUAGCUUUGGCAAAGUUAUGCAGGUUCGGAAGAAGGAUACCCAUCGUAUCUAUGCCAUGAAGAUUAUCCGAAAAGCAAAAAUCAUCUCCCGUCAAGAAGUGACCCACACUCUCGCUGAACGUUCCGUCCUCGCUCAGAUAAACAACCCAUUUAUUGUACCUCUAAAAUUCACAUUUCAGUCUCCGGAGAAGCUUUACUUCAUUCUAGCCUUCGUCAACGGAGGUGAAUUAUUCUACCACCUGACCAAGGAGCAGCGCUUUGAUAUCAAUCGUUCCCGCUUUUAUACCGCAGAGUUGUUAUGUGCUCUCGAAUGUCUUCAUGGUUUCAACGUCAUUUACCGUGACCUAAAGCCCGAGAAUAUUCUUUUGGACUACCAAGGCCACAUCGCUCUCUGCGACUUUGGACUCUGCAAGCUCGAAAUGAAAGACGAAGAUGAGACGCAUACGUUCUGCGGAACGCCCGAAUAUCUUGCUCCUGAGCUUCUCACUGGCAAUGGCUACAAUAAGACUGUCGAUUGGUGGACACUUGGCGUCUUGUUAUACGAGAUGCUUACGGGUCUUCCACCAUUUUACGCCGAAGAUACCAAUGAGAUGUACCGAAAGAUUCUAUCUGAUCCUCUCAAUUUUCCAAGUCAUGAUAUUGUUCCCGCCACUGCAAAAGACCUCCUUACCAAACUCCUCAACAGAGAUCCUGCUGAACGACUAGGGGCCAAUGGCUCAGCAGAAAUUAAAGCACAUCCAUUUUUCCACGCCAUUGACUGGAGGAAAUUGCUGCAACGUAAAUAUGAACCGGCUUUCAAGCCCAACGUGGUGGACGCACUUGAUACCGCCAACUUUGACGUUCAGUUCACAUCUGAGCCCGCCCAGGACUCCUUUGUGGACGACCCUGUCCUUUCUCAGACUAUGCAAAACCAGUUCGCAGGGUUUAGCUAUAACAGGCCUGUCGCUGGCUUGAAUGAUGCGGGUGGUAGUAUAAAAGACCCCUCAUUUAUAGACAAUGUGCAGGAUCGAAGCUGA